CUUUGUUUUUAUUUGCUAUAAUUAUAUCAUCAUGUCACAGCCUGCACAGUUAGAAAAGGCGUCUUUUGAAUUUCUUGAAGAAGAUGCACAGAAACUUGCCGCUCUGGGGUACAAGCAGGAAUUCAAGCGUGAGUUCAACUCGCUGUCGUUAUUUUGCUUUGCUUUUUCCAUGAUGGGUGUGCUAGCCUCUGUCUCUGCAAGUAUCGUGUUUCCAAUGUCGCACGGAGGCCCUGUAAGCAUGAUUUGGGGAUGGUUAACAGCCGCCAGCUUUGUCAUGUCAGUUGCACUUAUGCUUGCCGAAUUAUGUUCAUCAAUGCCCACCACAGGCGGUCUCUAUUAUUUCGCAGCAUCCCUCUCUGUAAAAUCGGACAAAGAACUGGGCUGGAUGCCACUCAUCGUAUGGUUGACUGGAUGGUUCAAUGUUAUUGGCAACGUGGCUCUUGUCGCAUCCAUCGACUGGAGUCUGACGCAAAUGGUGUUUGCCUGGGUUACUCUUGCCACCGACUUUAGCUUUGUUCCUACCUUCAAGCACAUGUUGGGCCUCUAUUUCGCAUUUCUCGUCUUGCACGGCAUCAUUGGUUCGCUACCUACCAAGAUCUUGGCCGCUAUCAACAACUUUUACGUCUUGCUCAAUCUCGUCGCCACUGUUGUCGUGAUCGUCUGUUUGUUCGUCCUGCCCUCAGAACGAAACUCGGGAUCGUUUGUCUUUACACAUUUUGAUAACGCGACCUCUGGUUGGAACGACGGUUUCUCCUAUAUUUUGGGCAUGCUUGACGCCAUGUGGACGCUCUGUGGUUAUGGCGCGGCUUGCAAUAUUGCCGAAGAGUGUCGUGAUGCUUCCCGUGCAGGUCCGCGUGCCAUCAUCAUGUCGGUUGUCUCUACUGUAGUUGCUGGUUGGCUAAUUCUGUUGGCCGCCACCUUCAGUGUAGCUGAUAUCAAUGAAGCACUGAACUCAGAACUCGGUAUGCCUAUGAUCCAAAUCAUGUAUACAUCAUGUGGCAAGCAAGCGACUCUCGGUUUGUGGAUGCUAGUCAUUCUCGUUCAGCUUUUCACUGGCUCAUCCGCUGUCAUUGCCACUUCGCGUGUUAUUUUUGCGUUCUCCCGUGACGGUGCUUUACCCUUCUCCAAACUGUGGGAUUCCGUCAACUCGUAUACCCAGACACCCGUCAACGCUGUCUGGAUCAACGUCCUUGGCUCUGCUUUACUGGGCCUUCUGGGUUUUAUUGACCAGGCUGCUCUUGAUGCCGUUUUCAAUUUGGCUUCCAUUGGUAUCUACAUUGCAUAUGGUAUUCCAAUCUUUUGCCGUAUCACCAUUGGACGUAGCAAGUUUAAGCCUGGUCCAUUCAGCCUUGGGAAAUGGUCUAUUCCUGUUGGAUCCAUUGCCUGUGCUUGGAUUUGCUUUAUUGUGGUCUCAUUCCUCUUCCCCUAUGAAAUGCCAGUGACAGCAAGCAAUAUGAACUAUGCCGUCGUUGUGCUCGGCGCGAUCAUUACAUUCGCUGGCAUAUGGUAUGCCGUCGAUGCUCGCAAAUGGUUCAAGGGACCGCGGAUCACCAUUGAAACCGAUGUCCUGAACGUUGUCUCAGCAGAGCAAGAAGCAGACUCAUUUGUGUUUAACACCAAAGAUGAAAAGUUCCCACAUUCCUAGAUUCUCCUCUGCAUCGAAGCCAGCUUUUUGGUUUAUCUCGCUGGUUUGUUUGUUAUACACUACAAUACCCAGUAUACCGCAGAUCCUCCAUUCCUCUAUUUGAUAUCACUGCUCCUCCUUUUUCCUAACCUACUAUUAGUCUUACUACUUAUUUCUGUUAUGUUUGUACCAUACCCGCCCUAGAUAGCUUACAUUGCUAUUGCUGUACCAUAUUUUUUAUAUUAUUUCAUCAAGUAAAUAUG